UGAAGCGUUUACAGCUUUUGAAUGUAUUUGGACUAUAAUAAAAGGCGUUGACCGCUGUGGCUAGCUGUUAGCAUUAGCCAUGUCGGAAGUGGGAGAGCAGGCAAGAAAGCCAAAUGAAGAGUCCACAGAUGAAUCAGAGGAAGAAGAUAGUGAGGAGGAACCCAAAUUGAAAUAUGAGCGACUGGCCAAUGGGGUGACUGAUGUCCUGCAGAAGGAUGCGGCCAGCUGCAUGACUGUACAUGACAAGUUUCUGGCUUUGGGGACCCACUUCGGAAAAGUCUUUCUACUGGAUAUCCAAGGAAACAUCACCCAAAAGUAUGAGAUUAGCUCGGUGAAGAUAAAUCAGAUCAGUCUGGACGAGAGCGGGGAGCACGUGGGGAUCUGCUCAGAGGAUGGAAAGGUGCAGGUAUUUGGCCUCUACACCAGAGAGGGCUUCCAUGAAAACUUUGAUUGCCCCAUAAAAGUGGUGGCAGUACAUCCUCAGUUCAGCAAGUCAAACAACAAGCAAUUUGUAACUGGAGGUAUCAAGUUGCUGCUGUAUGAGAGAAACUGGCUGAACCGCUGGAAGAUGUCCGUCCUGCACGAAGGAGAGGGAACCAUCACAAACGUCAAAUGGAGGGCCAACCUUAUUGCUUGGGCUAAUAAUGUGGGCGUGAAAAUCUACGACAUCAGCACUAAGCAGCGCAUCACUAACGUGUUACGGGACAACAUCAGUUUGAGGCCUGAUAUGUACCCCUGCAGCCUCUGCUGGAAAAAUAACAGCACACUUAUCAUUGGCUGGGGAUCGUCUGUCAAGAUUUGUGUUGUCAAGGAACGAGACCCGACAGAGAUGCGUGAUCUACCCAGUCGUUAUGUUGAGAUCGUGUCAGCGUUUGAGACCGAGUUCUUCAUCAGUGGACUGGCUCCUUUAGCUGAUCAGCUUGUUACUCUGUAUUAUGUGAAAGAGAAUUCAGAGCACAUGGAGGAGGAGUUUAGGGCAAGGCCACGUUUGGACAUUAUUCAACCGUUGCCUGAGAGCUGUGAGGAUAUUUCAUCAGAUGCUCUUACAGUCCGCAACUUUCAAGAGAACGAGUGCAGAGAUUACAGACUGGAGCACGCGGAUGGAGAGCCUCUGUUCUACAUAAUCAGCCCUAAAGACAUUGUGGUGGCUAAAGAGCGAGACCAGGAUGACCACAUCGACUGGCUGCUCGACAAGAAGAAAUAUGAGGAGGCACUGAUGGCAGCAGAGAUAAGCUUCAAGAAUAUCAAAAGACAUGAUGUUCAGAAAAUUGGAAUGGCCUACAUCAAUCACCUGGUGGAGAAACGGGACUUCAACACAGCAGCUAGAAAGUGUCAGAAAGUGCUGGGGAAGAAUAUGGACCUUUGGGAGAACGAGGUGUACCGAUUUAAAACUCUUAAACAGCUCAAGGCCAUCAGUCAGUACUUACCUCGAGGAGACCUGCGCCUUAGACCUGCCAUUUAUGAGAUGAUCCUACAUGAAUUCCUCACGACUGACUACGAGGGCUUUGCCACACUGAUCCGCGAGUGGCCAGGAGAGCUAUACAACAACAUGACUAUAGUUCAAGCAGUGAAGGACCACCUGAAGAAGGAUCCCACAAACAGCAUCCUGCUCACCACACUAGCUGAGCUGUACACGUAUGAUCAGCGUUAUGACCGAGCUCUGGAGAUUUACCUGAGACUGAGACACAAAGAUGUCUACCAGCUCAUCCACAAACACAACCUCUUCUCCUCCAUUGAGGAUAAAAUCGUCCUCCUCAUGGACUUUGACAAGGAGAAAGCGGUUGACAUGCUGCUGGAUAAUGAAGAUAAAAUAUCGAUGGACAGAGUGGUGGAGGAGCUAAAGGACAGACCUGAACUGCUGCAUGUGUAUCUGCACAAGCUGUUUAAACGAGACCACCACAAGGGUCAGAAGUACCACGAGAGACAGAUCAGUCUGUACGCUGAGUAUGACAGGCCCAACCUGCUGCCCUUCCUCAGAGAUAGCAUCCACUGUCCACUGGAAAAGGCCCUGGAAAUCUGUCAGCAGAGACACUAUGUGGAGGAGACGGUCUUUUUGCUCAGUCGGAUGGGGAACUGCAGACGGGCACUACAGAUGAUCAUGGAGGAGCUGGGAGACGUAAAAAAAGCCAUAGAGUUUGCCAAGGAACAAGAUGAUGCUGAACUGUGGGAGGAUCUCAUCUCUUACUCCAUAGAUAAACCACCUUUCAUCACAGGGUUGCUGAAUAACAUAGGAACCCAUGUGGACCCUAUCCUGCUAAUCCACCGCAUCAAAGAGGGAAUGGAAAUCCCCAAUCUCAGAGACUCCCUGGUCAAAAUCCUGCAGGAUUACAAUCUACAGAUCUUGUUGCGAGAGGGAUGUAAGAAGAUCCUGGUAGCAGAUUCACUCUCCCUGCUGCAGAAGAUGCACAGAACACAAAUGAGAGGAGUUCGGGUGGAUGAGGAAAAUAUCUGUGAAGCCUGUCAUGUGACAAUACUACCAUCAGACACGGCACAGGCCUUUAGCGUCGUGGUGUUCCAGUGCAGGCACAUGUUCCAUAAAGAGUGUCUCCCAUCAUCAGGAACGGUGCCAGGUGUGCAGUACUGCAACAUCUGUAGUGCCAAGCGGAGAGGCCCUGGCAGUGGCAUAUUAGAGAUGAAGAAAUAGUGUCCUUUCACCCAGUGACUCUCUCAGCACUGAGUUUACAGUCAAUUGCUUCACCCAUUAAUGCUUACUGCACUCUAUAAGAUUUUUCUCUCACUGACCAGCUUUGGGAGUGUGCCUGAGUCUCCUUUUAAUCAGAUACUGGACCAGUGCCUGUCAGAAAUGUUUGUGUAGUGGACAUAACUCAGCAACCCAGAUGUUAGCAACCCAGAUGUUUCCAGUCGCAGAUGUGAUGCUGAUGCACUGAUAUUAUUGUUAAAAUGAUUAUUGAUGUCAUGCAGUGUGAACUUCCCUGAACUAGUUGCAAGCCUACAAGUAAAGUUGAGAACUGUCAUAUCAAAAUAAUUAAAAGUGUAUUGCAAAGUGCAUGUCAUAUUUCAGUAUGAAAUAUUUGGGCAGAAUAUGCUGAACUGUAUUAGGCUAACACGUGGAUCCUAGGAGAGCUGCUGUGUUUGAAUAAUAAAUAAUACUAUACUACUUUAAUACCACUAUAUGAUAAGAAUACUUAAGCAUGUAGGUGCAGUUUGGGACACAGCCUUUCAGCUUUUCUCUGCACCAUGUGUCAUCCAAGACAGCAAGCUUUUUGGUCAGUUAGAGAUCUAUUUGGGCAGCAGUGAGAUCUUGAGCUCUUGAUUUCGAACCUCAGCUCUGCAAUCGAUUGGCUGGGCGCCCACACAAACACGAUUGGUGUCUGCAGGGAGAAGAGCCGAAGGAGUUUCUCAGUACUGCUGCAACUGCAGUGUCUGCUCGAGGCGUGAGUGGUUGAUUUACAAAUUGUAGUGCCUCUGUAUGCACUGCUAAUCUCCUUGAGACUCCGUCUCUGGCAGGUGACACAAUACCCUCGGCGACUGUGCACGUGUUGGAGGGGGCGCAUCAUAGUCUGGAGCUGUCCUCUGUUGGGAUAGGAGUAUGAUGUUGCAGGAUGUUACAAUUGGGGAACGGAUUAGGAUUAGAUUCGAAGGAAAAAGAAAAAUUAUUUAAAAUGUUAGCUUCUAGUAUACUGUGGAGUUUUUGACCCCUCAUGCAAUUUUUGUAGUAUGCACCUCUCCCUGACACCAAAAUGAUAAUCGUAGUGCACUGCAGAAGUGAGCAUCAUAAACACAUGCCAUAAAAGCCUAAAUCAUAUUAUGUUGUAUUAUUUAUGCUUUUUUUUUUUUUUUUACAUUUGCUUUUUUGUGUUGCAUAAACUUUCCUAAUAAACUUAAUAUGACUAUU